UCUCUCUCUCCUCUCUAAAGAGGAGCGACGUCCAGCAUGUCCGACUCCCCGUUAAACAAAUCCAAACCCUAAGUUCUUCUCGCUCCCCCUUUCCUAUAAAUACUCCCCCACCCCACAUUCCUCUCUCUCCUCUUUGUUUAUUUCUUCAAUGGCGACUCCGGCAUUCCUCCUCUGGUCCUCCGCUGCUGCCUCCUCCUCCUCCCAGGAGGACAGAAACGACGGCAGCGCCGCGCAGAAUGGACUCCCGCCCCCGCCGGAUCCGGCGGCCAAAGAGUCCUCCCUAGCGAGGCCGAAGCCGAAGAAGGCCUCCAAGGCGGCGGCCCCCAAGAGACCCCCUCAGCGAGGCCUCGGCGUAGCCCAGCUCGAGCGCCUCCGCCUCCAGGAGCGCCCCUCCCGCGAGGUCCAUUCAUUCCCGGGCCAGCUUCCCGUCUACGAUUACUCGCCCGCCGUCGCCCCUCUCGGCGCCUACGGCGCCCCCGCCCCGCCUCCAGCCCCUGCCGGGGUCGCCGCCUACGGCAGUGGUUGGGUGCAGGCGAGGGGGAUGUGCUACAUCCAGCAGUGCCGGCCGGCAAGCCCGGGACUGGCAGGGUACGACGGCGCCGCCGCCUCCACCGUCCGAUCGGUGCUCCACGAGCAGUACUCGUUAGAUCGGUACCGGAUGGGGAUGGCAGGUGGGGAGGGCCGGUUCCAGGUCGGGAGUCCAUUUCCAGAGCCCCCUUCAAACCAAAAGAUGCAGUGCUUCUCCGAUCAGUGCGAGUUCUGUGCCAGGAAGAAGCGCCUGUUCGGCGACAAUCCAGGGUUUAGCGGAAACAACGGCGUGGAUUACUUCGAGAUGGAUCUGGCCGCCGCUAUGGCCGUUGAUCAGGAAUCGCAGGGCUUGUAUGGAUGCGGGCCGAGAAGGGGGAAAGCGAUGAUGGAGAGCAGUGAGACGAUCAAGGAGUUCGACUUCUUCCCCCAGAGCCGGAGCGCGUCCGUGGGACAUUCCGAGUUCGGUAAUCGGGGGGCCGGAGAUGCCUUCUCCUCCUCCUCUUCCUCCGCCGCCGCUUCUCCUAGUUUCAUCGACCUCUCUCUUAAGCUCUCCGUCUAAAAGAGCCCUUCUCUUCUCUUCUCCAACUUCUUCUUCUUGUUCUUGUUGUUGCUGUUGUUUUGUUUUUGUUUGUUUUUUUUUUUUUCUGAAUCCCAACUCUGCUUCUCUUUGGUCUCUGUGAUUAAUGUUAGUGGGUUUUGAUUUCCAUUUGCUUAAUUAUGUUUAUGAAGUGAUUAAUUAGAAGCGGCAGAAAAUAGAAGACCUAGGAGGAGAGCCGUACAGGAGAAGAAAGACGUAAAGAGAGAGAGGUUGGGUGAACGCGGCAUCCAAAAACGAUAGGUUGGUACUUUUCACACUCGCGGUGAUGCUACCGAUUCGAUAACCGCCCUUCCGGGGGCUGUAAAAGAGUAAUACCAGACUGGUAGUUUCCAUGAUGGGUGACUGUGGCUUUUCGGUGAGGGGAAAGAAAGAGGGCAAAGGAGGUUUCCAGAAUCUUUUGAUGCUUGAAUGGUUUGAUGCAACUGAGAAACGGGUGAAGCAUUCUCUAGGUUCGCCUCAUUUUAAGCCUAAGAGGUGGAUGGAAAGGGUGUGGGACGGAGAGAGAGAGAGAGAGAGAGCGAGAGAGAGCGAAUAAUGUGUGUGAG